AUCCAUCAUCCUGACAUCGCCCAACUCAACUCUGUCCUUCCACCACACCACCCUCUACCUUGUGACUUGUCGUCUUGUCAGUACGCAACCAUGCGCAAUCCUUUCCAGACUGCCGUCGCCGGAUCCCCCGUGGUGGGCAACUCACGAUACAGUGUCAAACUGGGCGACGACACAGAGGCCAAUCCCAAGGGAAUCGCGCUUGUCAACUUGGACAGCAAGGCUCAGGCUGAUGUCGCGGAAGUUGCACCCGCGCCGGUCCAGCCUGGUGUUCAGAAGGUCGAAGCCAUUACCGCUGUCUUGAACCGCAACCAUCUGAUUGCUGUUUACGUCUUGUACGUCAUAUACCGCUUCCUGAAACUUCCAACUACUUGCUAUGCAUGUUGCUAACAUAA